CUCACACAGAUGGAACAAGGAGGGUUGGUUAUAAAUAUCUUUGGGAAGAUCUCCACUGUUUCUCGUUUCGUCCUCUGUCCUCGUCACCUUCUCAUAACACAUUGGAUGWGAAAGCCAGAGGUCCCACCCCUCUGACAUUCUUCUCCAUUCGGUUUUGAGAAGGAGACGAAGAGAGAGGAGACAGGACGCAACGAUUUGAAAUCGAAAUCUCCCUUUGUCUCACACAAGGGAAGAACAGACGACGAAUCAUCGAAUCUGAAUCGUCAGAUUUGUAAUCACAUUUUCGGGCGGGAUGAUUGAAAGUUUGUUUUCGUGGACCAGUGACCACUGUUGAAAAUCUGCAUAGUAUGUUUUAUGGCUACUUUUAUGAUACGAUCAGUAAAACAUUUGAGCAAUAAUAUAAUUUUGACCAUCGCUAAAGAAAAGAAAACUGAUAUGGAGCGACCAUCGAGGAAGACAAAGCUUGUAAAUUACUCAGAUUUCCAGGACUUGGAUGAUGAUGAUGAUUUUGCCUCUGUGAAAGCACCACCCAGCAAAAAAGCCAAGGAGAGUGUGAAAGAACCAGCACAGGAGAAAAGCAAGAAAUCUUCAAGCAAGACCUCCAGUCAAGAGACUGGCUCACAGCCCAUAGGCCACAAGRACAGGAAACCAUUGGAUGAGAAGCUGUAUGAUAGAGAUUUGGAAGCAGCUCUUACUCUGUCRUUGCUUAAAACCACCGAGAUAAAUGAGGAACACUGUUCUUAUAUUCCAGAAAGAUAUGUCAAGAAUCAACCGCAAAGAGAUGGUGAAAAUCUGGAUCCAUCAUUACGCCUUUCCAACUGCAGUGUGGACAUGAACCAUUUGGGCCUUGACCAGAUUACGAAUGAUCGGGGAUCCCCUUGCGCCCCCUCCAGACAGAGGAAGGCAGCCUCCAAGGCUACAGAGCAGGAAAGGAGCAUGCUGAAGGAUGGCGAUGAGGACUACAAUCCCAAAGGGACACCAGAUUCAGAGAGUGAUGCUGAUUUCAGUGAUCCAGCUGAAAGUGGUGAUGAUGAUGAGUUCACAGUAAAGAAACCAGAGAAAAACAAAAAAAAAACAAAAGUGAAGACAGCCAAGAAGGAGCAACCAAAAGCUAAACCUCAGGCGGCCUCAAAGGAAGAAAAGCAGCCUUCAAAACCACCAAAAACCAAACCACAUUUGACAGGGACUCGCAGUCUAAAAACUCCCACCUUAGGUACAAGUCCAACUGCCAAGCCUGCUUCCGUGCCCAAGAGGUCCCCUGCCGCUUCUCCUGUCUCCAGACCUGCAGUCUCAGGCAGACCUGCAGUCUCUGGCAGUCCAGCAGGGGGCAGAAUACCCAAGUGGAAUCCUCCAGGUCACGUUGGAAGAAGUCCCGGCUCAUCACAGAGUGCCCCAGUGAAGUCUCCAGGGCAGGGUCUAAGACUUGGACUAUCUCGCAUGGUGCGGRUCAAAUCCCUACACCCCAGUGUUGCUAGUCACUGACCCCACCUAUCUAUCAGAGAGGAGCUUUGUGCCUCUCUGCGUAAUUGACAGUUGACUUUCAGGAUUCCUUUUGUAAUCCUCUAGAUCUGUCUAUUUUAAAUAAGAGUCAUUCACAUUGUACUGUUAAUUAUUAUUAGUCUGGUGUCAUACAUGCUCUCCUUUUAUAACAGCUCAUCUUUUGGACCAUUUGACUUAACAAAGGUCAGUUCCCAACUUUUACUGUUAUUCGGCCUACAGCAAAGCCUUCAGAUUUCAAACCCUUUGUGUCUUUUAUUAUUUCAGAGAGGUUUUUGUCUUCUGUCUGUUUAGUUUUCACUCAAACAUGUAAAGAAAUGGUGCAAUGGCGCACUCUGCUGGAUGUAAUUAUCUUAAAAUGCAAAAUGAUCAUUGUUAAAGUGGCAAUCAGUAGUUGAWUCAAUAACAAAGCAGAGACCCUGCCCCUGUUUCGGUAAAAAGCUGAGGGAUGAGGCUGGAGAAAUGUAACCACUCUGAAAUUCAUAGAUAGAGCUGUGGAU